GUUACCAAACGAGCACGUGACGAAUUACGGUUUACACGUGACACAUGUGAUACGGUCUUAAAAUUUUGUUUACGUUUUUUUAUUUCAUCAGAACCGAUAUUUUCGAAAUGUCAAAUUCAUCAGAAAAAGAUGAACUAUCCGAAGUUUUAGAAGAAUUAUCGUUAAUUUCAUCAGAUCCACCCUCUAUGAGAGAGUGUUGUUUAAAAUGCAGGAGGCCAAAAACUGUGUGUUGGUGUCCUUUUCUUCCAGCAGAACCUGUAACUGUAUCAAGCUUUGUUUUAAUUCUACAACAUCCAGGAGAAGAGAAACGUUGUUUGAGGACUGCACCUAUGCUAGAAGCAUGCUUGCCAGUUGGUCAUUGUAUGAUUUUAAAGGGAAGACGUUUCUCUUCAUACACUUGUAGCAAAUUACGACCUAUUUACAAUUCAUCAAAUACUAUCCUUAUGUAUCCUGGUCCUCAAGCAACUCCUUUAGAAGACCUUCCAACAAUUAAAGAUGGGCCAAAAUCAUACAAUAUUAUUAUUUUAGAUGGUACAUGGCCUCAAGCUAAAUCAAUGUAUAGAAAUACUGAAGAACUUCGAAGGCUUAAACAGGUUCAGAUUCAUCCUUCUCAAGGAAGUGAUUAUGUGAUUCGAACUCAACCCACUGAAAAAUCGUUAUCAACUGUAGAGACUGCUGCUUUGGCAUUAUCUGUGCUUGAAAGUAAUCCAGCUAUUCAUCAGAUAUUAAUUCAGCCAUUGAAAGCACUUUGCAAUUUUCAACUAAAGCAUGGAGCCGUAACUCAUCAUAGCAAGGAAUUUCUUAGUCGUAAUGGAUUAGACAAAAAGAUAAAUGUUUCAUCUUCAAAUAUUACUGAACAAAUAUCAAAUGAUGUUAUGAGAUAAGGAAUAUAGUUAGAAUAAUUUUAUAAUUGAAUCUAUAAUGUGAUAUUUAUAAAUUGAAGUCUGAAUUAAUUAUUGCUGUUAAAAUAAUUUCAUCUGUACAUCUUCUACUCUAAUUCUAUUUUUUAGAUAUUUGGUUUUUAUCCUGAAUCAUAUGAAGUUAGGCUCAGAGUUAGAAGCAGUUUAAAAGUGUUACAAUAAAAUAAUAUUUCACAUUUUAUCUGUAAUGAUUAGCAGUUUUAUAAAAUUUAAAACACCUACUUUAUACACCUAAAUUAAAAAUUUUAGCAAUUUAUAAGUAUGUAUGAAGUUGAGGGAUUUUAAAUAAAUCAUAAAUUGAUUAUUCAGACAAUUGAGAAGUGGAAAAUAGAAAAAUCUGAAAGUGCCAAAUUAAAUUUUCUAAGUUUUUAAAACUUAUACUAUAAAAUUGGAUCAUAUUUAGAAAUGUUGUAACUUAAAAUAUUACAAUUGUUAUUUACAUCUAUGUUUAAACAGAAAAGAUAUUUGUAGCAUGCAAUGCCAUAACAUUGUAAAUGCCAUUUUUCUCUAAAUAUGUUUUAUUGAAGAAUUGAAUUCUAAAUGCAAUGUUUUCUGCUACAAAAAAUAUUGUGGCGAUAUUGGCACUGUAAGUGGCUGUAUUUUAAAGUUGAAUUUAUGUGAAGCCAUAACAUUUAAAGCUCCAAAGUUCAAGUCAUGUGACUUUCGGCACCUAAAACAUUACAACUUAUAUUUACAUCAUUUUGAUAUUUCAGAGAAUUUGUAACCUAGUGAGUUUUUUUACCAUUUUAUUGUAAAAUUGAAAUGAAUUCAUUCACUAGAAAAAGUGUUUUUUAGCAUUUACAACAUUAUGGCAUUGCACAUUUCAUUUGUAUUUGCUCUAUUCAUCUCACAGUAAUGUAUUUCAGGAAUUUAAGUUGAAAUUUCUGUUUAUGGAAUUUAUAUUAAAUCCAUAACUCUACUUCUGCUGCUCAUUUUUUUUACAGUAUUUUUUUAUAAUCCAUUUAAAUCAUUAAUAUAACUUAUGAAAUCAUGUUAAUUGUACUGCUAAUAACUAUAAUAUAUAAUUAGUAUUAUAUAUAUAUAUAUUAAUAAUUACAAAUAUAUUUAAUUGAAAUUACUGGACAUACACAUAAAUGUAUACAUGUAAGCAUAGUAUUGGAGUUGAUUUUUUUUAUCAAUAUCUAAUAUGAAAAAAAUUACUGUAAUAAUGAUAUUUUCAGUCUCUUCUAUUUCUGUUUCUCAAUUCCUUCUCUUGAAAGUUGAAUCUAAAUAACAAACUUAUUUUAAAUAUUAUAUAAUUAUAUUGAAUUCUGCUUACUUUAGAUUAUUAUCAACAUUUCAAAUGUUGAUAAUAUUUCAAAGUAAACAGAAUUCAGUGUAAUUAUUGUUAUGGUGUGUAGUAGGAAUAAAUAUGUCUUAUGAAUAUAAAAAUGCUUAAAAACAGUAAAACAAUGUAAAAUGCUUUUUCAGCAUUUUAUACUGAAAAAUGUUGCUGUUUCAGAAAAAAGUUAGCAUUUUAAAACAGUUCAGAUGUAACAAUGAUUUAAUAAUUCACACAACAAACUAAAUUAAAGUAAUUAUUUGAUAAAAUAUAAAUUCAUACAUUAGUAAAUAUAGAUACAUUGUAGCAUACACACACACAAACAUCUUUAUUUAUUGAUAUUUUUCCUGUAUUAUUGCAUUAAAUUUUGCCAUUGUAUUUAUAAGGUCUUCAAAAUUAUUUGGAAAAUUUUAAAUAAUGUCAUGAAACAAAAUUUGAUUUGAUUAAAUUGAUUAUUGUAAAGCAAAUUUUUAAAAAUAUUUAAUAUAGUUUUAUCAGUUUGUAAGUAUACAGUAUAUAUGUAUGAUAUGAUUAGUAUGAUAGGUAUUGAUAUGAUUAUUUAUUUAAAUAAUUAUUUAAAAUUUGCAAAUUAACUUCUACUUAUAAAUGUAUCUUUCAUUAGUAAAUUCUUCAUUAUUUUAAGUAAAUCAAUUGUUUAUUCUCAAAUCAUAUGCAUAAUAUCAUAUAGCUCUUACAAAUAUGCAAAACAUAAGUAGCCUUACCACAGUAUUUCAUAAUGUUCUGUAUUAUAUUCAUAGAUGUAAUAAGAGUAAUAUCUAGUAUUUAUACAUUUCUAAUGCAACUCUAGUAUAACUUAAAUUCAAUCAAUAAUCUCCAUAAUUUUAUUACAUAAAUUUGUAAUUAAUUUAUUAUUAUUUAAACAUCCUUGUCAAUUAUAUUAUGAUAAAUUUUUUAUACAAUGCUGAAAUAGCAUUUGUAAUUAAUUAAUUUUCUUCUAUGAGUUCUACAAUCCAAAUAAUUUUUGAAUGAAACUUAUAAAGCACACACUAUUUUAAAAUCAGUAAUAAGCAGUUAAUUGUGUGUAUAGGAGAAAACAUUGAUUCUAGAGGGAUUAAAAUGAGAAUUGGACUUUUUUAGUCUGCUUUAAUUCAAGCAAAUAUUCAAAUAGUAGUUUAUAGUAAUUAUAAAAGUUUAACAAAUUAUAUAUAUUUUUUUACAUUUGUAUAAUUUUUCCUAUAUUUAACUUAUAUUUAAAAUUUUUAUUUUUCUCUGCCAAGAAAUCACUUUUGAUUGAUUGCCAAGAAAUUGAUUUGAUUGGUGGAUUAACAUUUGAUGACUGUAUCUAUAUUUUGGUGUACUUUAGUGGUGUAGUAAGUCUUAAUAAUCAAUUUCAUGUAGAAUUUUUUUAUAUAAUAUUAAUUAUAGCACAACAUUAGCAAUCUCAAAGUUCAAAUGUUAUUUACUAUGACAAAUCAUUCAUAUAUAUAUUUUUAAAGUUGCAUAAAUUUUAAAUACUGCACGUAUUGAAUUUUAAUAUAAUUUGAAUGUUUGCAGUAUAACAAGGAAUUUUAGAUAGGUAGAUAAUCAGAUCACAGAAAAAGUUUUGUGAAAAUGUUUUUAUAUUUGAAAUGGCACAAAAUAUUAAUGUGAUGUGGUAAAACUUUUAAACUCCAUAAUUCUUAAGUUAAAAUUAUAUAGUAUUAAAAUAUCAAAAAUUUAAUUAUGUUUAUCACAGAUAAUUAUUUUGUACUUUUAUACUAAUAAACUGUAGUGUUAUAGCAGUACUUCUGUAUGAGCAUGUGUAAUAAGAAGUCUCUAGUAAAUAAAAACCUUAUGUACAAAAUUUAGAAAAGAUAACUGUUUAUUUUAAAUGCCUCUGUAUAGUCGAGUAUUUUCAUAAGGAAGUAUUGUUAUGACAGUAAUGAUAUGUUGAAAUGAAAAUUAAUAAUUUUCUAAAAAUCAUAUACUAAUUUAUAUAGUAGACUCCACUUACUGUAAUCAUGGAUAUUGCUAUCAGUCAUUUAAUGUUAUUAAAAUUAAUUAGUCCCUAAUUAUUUAAGUUAAAAUACUGUAUGAAAACUUUGUUUUUUGUAACCAUAGUUCUAUUAUUUAAAUAUCAUUUCUAAUUUGUUUUUGUGCUAUCAGUUUCAAUAUACAGCUGAUAACAUAUGAAUUAUUAGUUUUCACCAGUGCUUUAAUUAUUAAGCAUUAAUCAUUUUAACUAUUAUUUGCUCACAAUACAGUAGUUUAAAUUGCUUUCAUUUCUUACAUCAACUAUAUUCUGUAGCCGCUGUUAAAUUUUGUAGUGGGCCUCAUAUCCUUAGCAUUAUUUUUAAUCAGAGUCAAUAAAACCAGAAUUUUUACUAACAUUAUCUUAUUUACUUGUCCCGCAUAAUGUAAUCAGGGUCAGCAAGUCCCAAUGUGAUUAUGUUAAGUGAAUUCUACUGUAUUUAUUUUCAUAUAAAAUUAUAUCAUAGUCUGAUAAUUGACUUUAAAUAAAUUGUAACAUCUGAAUGUUUCAGUUGUUCAUAUUAACAUGAUUUUCAAAUAAUCGUUUUAUUUAUGAAUUAUGUUUUGUAAACCUUAAGAAAUCUUAUAAUUUUAAUUCAUUUUAUGUUACUUUUUCAGUUAUGCAGUGUGUAAUUACAUAAUAAAAAUUAUAAUUUAAGAGAGUAAAGAAUUGUUUGUAAUGAUUGUAUUUUAUUAAUAACAAAAAUGUCCUUUCUGCAAAAUAAUUUUUAUAUUACAAAACUGAAACUCCAAUUAAAGCCAAAUAUGCCAGAUUAUUGGGCUAUAUUAAUGCUAAUUUUAAUACAGUAGAGCGUCGAUUAUCCGAAAGUCAAUCAU